ACAUUGACACUCAAUAAACGAUUCUAGUUACCGAUACUACAACAAACCCAAAAAUAAUGGCGACUCUGACAGAGGGAGUUCGACUAAUACAAUCAAAAUAUGAGGGUUCUUCUAAACGAAUGGUUUGUGCAACAUUUUUUGCAUGUAUCGGUGCUUUGUCCUUUGGAUAUACCAUCGGAUACAGCUCGCCUGCAAUACCAAGCAUGCUGAAGGCACGAGUUUUGGAAGAAAAGGACGUUGGUUGGUUUGGAUCUUUGAUGACAAUCGGUGCAUUGGCAGGGGGUCCCUUUGGAGGAUGGUGUAUUGAAAAGUUCGGAAGGAGGAAAUCCAUCCUACUGUCGUCACUGCCAUUUAUUUUUGGUUGGUUAGCUAUUGUGUAUGCUACAGACUCCAAGUUGCUGUUUCAAGGCCGCUUUGCUACUGGGUUUGCUAGUGGCAUGGUAACUGUCUGCAUUCCAAUUUAUCUGGCAGAAAUCUCGACAAAGUCAAUGCGUGGAGUUUUAGGCUCAUGUAUGCAGCUGUGUAUUACUGUUGGAAUAUUUUGGGUUUAUACAGCAGGCCUUAAAUUGGAAUGGCAAAGUAUGGCAUCCGUAGCCAUUAUUCCUGCAGUUCUUCAGUUUGUUGCAGUAUACUUCUUACCAGAAACUCCACAGUGGCUGCUAUCAAAAGGUAGAAAAGCUGAUGCUCUUAAAGCACUGAAAGCAAUACGCGAUCCACACCAGGACGUACAAGAAGAAUGCAGAGACAUUGAUGAAGGCUUUGAUCAUAAUGAAGAAUUCUCAUGGAGCGAAUUUCGCAAAUCUGAAUUGAUGCAACCUCUUAUUAUUUGCUCUGCAGUUCUGGCAUUUCAACAGUUCAGUGGCAUUAAUGCAGUCAUGUUUUAUACGGUGUCCAUCUUUCAAACUGCAAUUCCUAACCACGCUCACAUUGCAACUGUUAUUAUAGGUGGUGUUCAAGUUGUAGCGACAGUAGUUGCCUGUUUCUUGAUGGACAGAGCUGGCAGGCGAAAGCUGUUGAUUGGGGCAGGAAUUGUUAUGACAAUAACACUUCUGUUGUUUGGACAGUAUUAUAGACUUCUUGCUUCUGAAUCUCUCACUAGUUCCCUGAAAACAUGGUUCCCAGUGAUCUGUCUUACAUUUUACAUGAUUGGUUUUUCUUUGGGUUGGGGACCGAUUCCAAUGCUUUUAAUGUCAGAAAUUUUUCCAUCCCGUGCCAGGGGUGCUGCGAGUGCCAUUGCAAUGUUUGUAAGUUGGCUUACGUCCUUUUUUGUUACAAAUGAGUUUAUGACAAUGCAAAAUAUGUUUGGUGCAUCGGGCACUUUCAAUAUGUUUGGUUUUAGCUGUUUGCUUUCUGUAAUAUUUGUGUGGCGUUACGUUCCCGAAACUAAAGGCAAAUCAUUGGAGGAUAUAGAACUCUAUUUCCUUGGCAAAAGCAUAAUUAAAGUUUAAAUGUAUUUAUGUGCAUGAAAAUUACCUCUUGUAUAUAAAUGUUUUUAUUACUUAUAUUAUACUGUUUGGCUUUCGGGGUGAUUUCCAUGUUCAGGUUAAUUGAUACAGGGCAUUUACAAAGUACCUUUUCCAUAGAUGUUAUUUCAUCUGUGGGCAUUUAGCGCCCUGAAAAAAGUCUUAUCAAUGAGCAAUUUUUCUGCAUGCAAGUUUUUCAGUGUGGUGACAUUAUAAUGUAUUCAAGCAUUUUCUUUUGGCUUAAAGUACAAUUUGACCACUUAAAAUUUUGUAUAGUAAAUUAAUCCGCCAGUGAAAACACGCACAAUAAAACGUACGCAGAAUCGCAUUAAUUAAUGGAAAGGGGGCCUAAAACAAUCUUUACAUCAGUAUGCACUAAGCAAGCAGUGGAAGUAAAUCAGUUAUUACUCAAGGGAAAUGGUAAUCUCAUUUUGGUAAUAUUUUACUAUUAAUUCAACAGUGCAGUAUUACUGUUAGUAUAACAAUUUGCCAAAAUAUGUAAAUUAGUUUACCAAAUAUCAUUGGUGAUUGCAACCAGCUACUGACUCCAUCUGCUUCUAGCUGACAUGUCUGUGUAGACAUCUUGGAUAGCAGUGCAGCCUCAAAAACUGCCCUCUAUGUUAACGUUUCUGUCUAGGAGUCCAAUGGUGCCUACUUAAUUUUUUUUAUAGAUAGCAUAAAAUGUUCUGGUCGCUAAAUGAAAAAUACAACCAAAUUGGUGGCAAGUUAGAAGGUUGUUUGUAAAUGGCGUCAGCACCUUACAACCAAGAUGUUUGUGCUAUUUUUGUUCAGGUACAUCUUCAAGCUGUUUAUGUUUUAUUAUUGUUGUUAGUAGUGUAAAUAAACUUAGUGAUACAUAUACUGGUAUGUAUAUACAAGUUGGGGAGUAAUACACAAAGUAUGUACACAAAACAAUCUUCACUUUUGCACCCCUGUCUCCCCCUAUUAUAUGCAACUCAACCAUAUGCUAAUUAUUAUAUACAUACUUUGUGUAUGGUUCCUUAGGCCAGUAUUUUUUUAUUAUUCGGUUUACGAACCCGCCGACGUAAAUUUUGCUCGAAUAAAAAUUUUAAAAAGUCGUAUUUUUCACUUUUAUUUAAAAAAAAAUUGCCACCGACUUCCACAAAUAGCUCUAAAGAAAAAAAAAGUUACCAUUCUAGUCUAUUGUGGUGCAUUUCGUAAGGUAACAAUGAGAAAUAACACUUAUUUCGUCAAUAAAUAUACCGUUGUAGAUACGAAUUGUUAAUUCGUCUUUGGUCGCUCUCUUUCGGUCCGAUUCGCUAUUUCGCUCACCCCUACUGAUACACCCCAAACAGGUUUUUUUGGGUUUUUUUCCCCCUUCCUCCUACCUUUGUGCACAAAAGUUCUUGUUCGUAAACCUAAAAAUUUAAAAAUACUGGCCUUAUGUACAUAGGUUUAUUAAAGGUGAAUAUUAUUACUGUGUGUGUUUAGUAUACUAGAUCGAUAAUAGUAAUACCAUGAAACCAGUGGCAUGGGUGUUUUUUGUAAAUUAAGAACUGAGUCUUUACAUGUACAUAUGGGGAUAAAUGACUGAAGGGUUUUCAGUAAUGUUUAUAUGCAAAAAGGGGAAACACUUAGAACUAUUAAACAACUACAUGUAUGCAAAUGUAAGGGCUAUUGGUCAACAGUGAUAGGUAUGGCCAAGAGGAAAAGGAAAGGAAUAAUAAAAUAAAUCUGGGGAAAUUCCAGACGAAGCAAGCACGUCGUCUGCCUCAUGCUGGCUACGCCAUUGGUGGCAUAUUGAAAUCUGACAUGGUAAUUUUCUUUAGCAAAUUGUGACAUAAAGAUGUCCAUGCAGGACAGGGCUACAUAUAACAUUCAUGCCAGUUUAUACUAAUACUUUAAUAUUGUGAGGGAAAUUAUUUGACAUUUUAUAUGUAUAUAAUUGUGUACAGAAAUAAUGGGAACCUAUGUUAUUGUAACAUAUUUACUAUUGGUAUUACUAGUUUUCACAAUAUAUAUUUUUUAAUGUGCGUUUACAAAUUGUUAUUGUUUUAUGGUGUUGCUAUUUGUUUGGGAAAUAAACUAUUAAAAGAG